GCAACUCUCGCCCUUACUCCAGACCGGUCUAGAUCGAUCCAUCCUGUUACCCGAGGCAAACCUCUUCUCCAACUCGCCUUGUGGCUGCCCUGUCGUUGUUCGAUAAUACAGUAUCUCCGCCGCCCGGUUCGUGGAAUGGUAAUUUGGAGCCCGAUGGUUGUUACUUUCCCUUAUAUUUUACAUCCUGCUGCAGGGGUACUUAGAUCUGGAGUUGCACAGUUCUGAAUCAGGGCGCCAGCCAAAUCUUACUGGUCCAUACGACAAUAGUAGGAAGUCCCGAGUGAGACGCAGUCGAGGUUGACGAUGAAGCGCCAGUUUGUUAAUCUGGUUCUGGAAACCUGCAAGAGUCGCUCCUACACGGUGCGCUGCAUCAAAUCUUCAAGUCUCUUCCAACCAAAGAAGCAGAACGGAUGCCCGCUGUCGCUUCUAAAGCUGGAAGAAGCCGAGCUGCCCAAAUCUGCAUUUUCGCUUGGUGUUUCCACUCCCAUGCAAGUUAAUUGGGACAUGCAGUUCAUGCCCUUUGGUUACAACAGGGACAAGAUACUCAGCACAGACCAGCAAGGAAACGUCCUGGUUUACGACACCUGCCAGAACCAGAUCUGCAGCAUGCCUAAGCUCAGGGGAUUGAUGGAGAACUCUUUUCCGAUUAACCUAGGUGAUGCCCUAUACCUCAUCGAGAGGCGACCUGACAAGCCUCAUAAGAUUCUUCCCUAUCAACCCUGCUUCCAAGCUCUUAUCAACGGCAAAUCUCCUGCUGGUCCUGUUGUUGAUUAUCCCGGAUGGCACUGGCACACUCUUCCACCGCCACCAUAUGUGGAGGCUCCUGGGUACAAGCCUAGCUGCACCUACAAAAUUCGCUCCUGCACGGUGGUCCGCAACAAAAUCUGGAUAUCUGCCAGUGGCAUUGGCACCUACUCCUUCAACACGGACAGCCACGAGUGGAGCUAUGUUGGCAGCUGGGAGCUCCCAUUCCGUGGCCCUGCUGAGUUUGUGCCUGAGCUGGGCCGCUGGCUUGGAUUCUCCACCGUGCGAGAGAACCAGUACGUGUGUGCUUCAGACCUCUCGACUGCUGAGGAUGGUGCAGUACCCGCCCUGUGUUGCGAAUGGAAACAAGAGCUUGAUGCUAACCCUGACAAGUGGCAGGUGGUGACCUCCUACCUUGUGCGCGUGGACUAUGGCAGGUUCUGCGUUGCCAGGCUAUACGACGUCUAUGAUGACGACGAGCCUGCUUUGGUAAGGGAGAAUUUUGCUGUGUUGACGGGGUUGGAGGCGGGGCUUAGCGACAUUGCUGAUGGUGGGAUCCAGAUGGUCAAGCACAAAUCCAUACGCCUCAACUUUGAUUGCCAUCAGCGGCUCCACUUGGUAUCUUAGGCCUGCUGGUUGAUUUGGUUCGAGGGAUGGCUACCAUGCUCUGCUAGGAUAUGCAUGGAGGUAUCAAUCUUAUGACAUUGGAGGUCGAUCGUUUAAUGAAUGUUAGCUUUGGAAUCUGGACGUAUGAGUCAACUGAUCGAUCCCUCUGAACCGGAAACUUAACAAGUGAGCGCAGCUAUCCAGAACUAUAUAUCUCAAUCAAAUAAGUUGAUUAGUACUUCCGAUAUUUGUGUUUUGAGUUUUGUGUCUUCUAAGCUGUUUGAAUUCUGCGUGGCAUGUAACGCUAUUUCGCAUAUCCUCACCACACAAAUUUCCGCUGUCAGUGCAUGCAGU